ACACAGGUCUUUCGGCUUGUUCGCAUUUCUUCGAUCGUCAUCACCGUUGCUGCCGCCGCUCCAUCCACCGGUCCAUCAAGGUGGGGAAGAACGCGUUUUCUGUCGACGGAAGGCUAUAAAACCACACCAAUCAGUUGCACCGUCGACAGUCUACAUUCGCUCUCUCGAAACGACAAUGUAGUGCGCGAGUGUCCGAAAGAUUAGUAGUACAUACGAAAAAUCGGAAAAGUGUUUUUCUCUACACGGACAAAGUGUGUGAUCAAUCGGCGAGAGUUUAUUGCAACACCGAGAUAUAUCGCGUUCUCCCUCUCUCGUACCUAUAUAUAUUUCCUUUCCUCUUUCACUUUUAUAAUCUCUGUAAAGUAAAUCUUUAUUUUGUGAAUAGUUAACUUUGUUUUUGUGCAAGUAUUGCGUCUUAUUAUAAUUUUCUAGACGGAAAAGCCGUGUUCUAUUCUCAGCACGGAGAAGAUCGAUAGAUACCGCAGAUACAAUGACGGUUAUGGUGGAGUCGACGAAAAUCGAGGAGGGCAACGGUCCCGCCAAGAUCGAGACCUUCGACGACAUCCUACCGUACGUCGGCGAAGCGAGCAGAUAUCAAUGGUUCCUGUUCAUUCUGCUCCUACCGUUCACUUUCGUUUACGCCUUUUUGUACUUUGCGCAGUUUUUCCUUACUCUUGUGCCGGCUGAGCACUGGUGCACCAUACCAGAAUUGGAGCACUGGAAUUUCACCGACCAUGAAAAAAUUGCGAUAGGGAUACCUGCAGCUACUAAGGAAGAAUUGCAGCUGGAGAGUGUUACAUGGUUCUCGAGAUGCUACAUGUACGAUGUGAAUUACACAGAGCUACUUGAACAAGGUGUCAGGCAAGCUAAUCUAUCGUGGCCGAUAGUCCGAUGUAGGCAAGGCUGGACCUUCAAUCACACGAUGAUACCGUAUGCCUCGAUCGCCACCGAGCUCGAAUGGAUUUGUGACCGAACUUUCCUUGGUUCCGCGGCACAAUCAGCCUUCUUCGUCGGCAGUAUUAUCGGCGGUCUAAUAUUCGGCUACAUAGCCGAUCAUUAUGGUAGAAUCCCGGCGUUGGUAUCCUGCAAUGCCGUAGGAUUCUUCGCCUCUGUCGCAACCGCCUUUUGCAAUAGCUUUUGGUCCUUUUGCAUCGCAAGACUAAUCGUCGGUUCGUCAUUCGACAACUGUUUCAACGUUCUCUUCAUCAUCGUGAUCGAAUACGUAGGUCCAAAGUAUAGAACUUUGGUGGCAAACAUGUCCUUUGGGAUUUACUUUGCCGCCGCCGCUGGUCUGCUGCCGUGGAUCGCAUAUUGGAUUGCAGAUUGGAGAAUUUUAAGCGUCGUCACUGCAUUCCCAAUGAUUGUCGCUUUCGUCGGUCCGUGGCUUGUUCCGGAAAGUGCACGAUGGUAUAUUAUGAGCGGCCAGAUUGACAAGGCGAUCGACAUGCUGAAGAAAUUCGCGAAAGUCAAUGGCAGAGAAGUGAAGCAAGAGGUGUUUGAAGAAUUUGAAAGGAGCUGCAAGACCAUGAUUGAGAAAGAUCAAUCGCACAACCAGUAUACUGUGUUGCAUCUCUUCAAGUUGCCUCGACUGGCGCGUAUCACUAUCAUGCUUAUUAUUUAUUGGCUCUUGAUCAUCUUAGUGUUCGACGGACACGUUUGGAACAUGAAAUUGUUGGAUCCCGAUGUGUUUACGUCGUUCUCCUUAGCCGCUAUGACCGAGCUUCCGGCAGCAAUUUUGCUAGCACUUUUCCUCGACAGAUGGGGCAGACGAUGGAUGGGCUUCGCUUCUAUGUUUUUGUGCGGCGUUUUCUCUUUAAUCGCCCUCGCCACUCCUCCUGGUGCUCUAACCGUCGCCAUGGCGAUUUUGGCGCGUCUCGGUGUCAAUAUCGCCGCGAAUAUCGGUUUCCAAUACGCGGCUGAAAUGUUGCCGACCGUAGUGCGAGCACAAGGUGUGUCUCUGAUUCACAUUAUUGGUUACCUCGCUCACAUCGUUGGGCCUUACGUGAUUUAUUUGGCCGAUGUCGAUUCGUCUUUGCCGUUGAUAGUACUUGGCCUAUUGUCUUUUGUGGACGCAUUCUUAACUUUGGCGUUACCGGAAACUUUGAACCAAGAGUUGCCUGAAAGUCUGCAAGAGGGUAACGAUUUCGGCACGGAUCAGAGCUUUUGGUGGAUUCCCUGCAUAUCUUCCACCCCACAAUUCAAAAAGUCAUCGAAAAAGAAAAAACAGAAGGAAGGCAUGACGAACGCGGGCUUUCAUCAUGGCAGUGUUCAGACAAUCGAUUCUACCAGAUUAUAACGGCCGUGCGAUCGCGCAUAGUGUCAAAUUAAUGGCAUUUGCCAAAUUAAUGUAAAUAUCGUGGCUAUGUGAGCCGCACAUGUGUGAUCUUAGAUAUUAAGCAAGUGACGUGACGGACCGAUUAGAUGCGUGUGUUGUGAUGCACAGCAAACGAACCGGAUGCAGUGGCGCAAGUACAAAGUAACGACGAGGUAAGGAUGCAUUCUGCUUCGUUCGGCGCACGCAUCAAACGGACGGAAUGCGUGCUCAAAUGGACAUGAACGCAGAUGCGCGCAAAAUGCUUUUCAGUCAAAUGCGAUCCUCCCGAGAGUCGGACGUUAUUUUUCGGACUUGAUUUCUUCGCUACCAUACAUGUACAUCAUGACCUAGAUUUUCGAUUCGCAGCUUUUACGCAAGACGCAGCUAAUGUGCAAAGCUAUUUAACAGUGUAGUUUUGGCGAGUCUAAUCGAUAAUGACGAGGCGUUGACUUUCUCACAUUAUUCGCGGGAUAUAUUAGGAGGCAAAAAUCAAAUCACCCCCAUAAUAUUGAUUUCCUACACUACAUGUGCGUAAUAAAAUAAAAACCGUCUGUCAAUUGCAACUUUUCGUUUGCGAAUAAAAGUAAUAAAUAUCGCACGCCUAUAACAUUCACAAAUCUGAAUUUAGUGACAUCGUUAAUGAAAUCGUUUCAGUUCCUAAGAGAUGUUUAAUUCUCCGCUUAAUUGCUCUUUCUUGUCACCUCUAACUUGAAAUUUCUAAAAGGCAACUUAUUUUUCACGAGACAACGAGUAUAACGAAGUCUUGUUACUUGUUCAAUAUUCUUGAAACAAUAUGACUAGAUAAAUCGCGCGCUAGAAAAAUAGACAAAUGGACAAAGAGAUUGUUGUCGCUUUUUUAAUGCGAUAUUACAAUAUCGCAAAUCAAGACCAUCAUUGCGAAAUUGCCAUACGCCAACAGUGACAGCAAUCACGACUCAAUUAAUUACAUAAGUAGAAGAUUUUAAAUAAUUUAAUGUAAAGACUAGAGCGUGGCGACCUUCAUCGCGUGUAAGAGUAUUUCACCUGAUAUCAAUUUACUGCCAAACUUGUUGAAAUUGUCGAAAUUUGCACACGCGCGCAAAACUAUUUGCAUUUUAUAUGGUCAAUUUGAUUUCGCUUAUUGCGGUCCAGUAACGACAUAAAAUAAAAAGACGAAUUUAUUUUCGUGUUCCUCGAUGAAAAGCGAAUGCUCGCGAUGAAAAAAUCCGUUCUGAUGUAUUGUCACUUUUACUGUAUACAGUCUUUACAGUAAAUUUAACUUUAGUUUGCGUAACUUUACGUAUGUUGCCAAGAAAUACAUAGCGAUAUAUUGUAAUAGAAUGUACGAUAGAGCGUAUUAAAUACUCACCCGCGCAAAAGUUUCCAAAUCAAAAUUGAAAUAAAUUUGUAAAAACAGUCA